ACGAUGUAUGAAAUCCCGUGUUCGCGCGACGCCGGAGAAUCCGCGGCACGCGGAACGACCGAUCUCGCUCUCGGAUCGCCCGUCCACUGCGCGAUUUCGGUGGAUUUCGACUCCGCUGUCGCGCGCCGCGCGUUCACUACAAUGCCGCGCCCCGGCGUUGUCGACGAGGGUUCGCGCGUCGGAGGACCGUCUCCAGAAUUCUGAUGUACACGUCUAAUCCGAAGAUAAUGAAGAGCGGCGGCGCGACGGAGAUCGACCAGUUCGAGGCGAGCAUCUCCAAUGCUCUUCUGGAACUGGAGAUGAACAGCGACCUGAAGUCGCAUCUAAGGGAGCUGCAUAUCACCAAGGCGAAGGAGCUGGAAACAAACAACAAGAAGUCUAUCAUCAUAUACGUACCGAUGCCGAAACUGAAGGCCUUCCAAAAGAUUCAGACCAGAUUAGUACGCGAGCUGGAGAAGAAGUUCUCUGGCAAGCACGUCAUGUUCGUCGGGGAACGUAAAAUCUUACCGAAGCCGACGAGGAAAACGCGUACGAAGAAUAAGCAGAAGCGUCCCAGGAGCCGUACGUUGACCUCGGUGUACGACGCUCUGCUGGAGGAUAUUGUCUAUCCUGUCGAGAUUGUGGGCAAACGAAUUCGAGUAAAACUCGACGGCUCGCAAGUAAUCAAAGUUCAUUUGGACAAAAAUGAACAAACAAAUAUUGAGCACAAGGUCGAUACUUUCGCUUCGGUGUACAAACAACUGACUGGACGGGAUGUAACGUUCGAGUUUCCCGAAUCUUAUGUAUGAUUUAUUAAUUAUUAAAACAUUUGAACUAA